UCUUGGAAUCAGUGUAAAGAAAUAUUCCUUUGUACUGCAGGAGGUAAUGUGAAUGUGAAAGAAACAGAAACACCCAAUGUUCAGAUCCAUGAAAAAUAUUGCAGUGGGGGGAAACCCUAUGUAUGCAAGCAAUGUGGGAAAGGUUUUACCAAACACGGACAUUGUAAGGAACAUGAAAGAAUUCACAGAGGAGAGAGACCCUACAUAUGUAAUCAGUGUGGGAAAGCUUUUACAACACAUACAUAUUGUCAAGUACAUAAAAGUCUUCACUCUGGAGAAAAAUGUUAUAAAUGUAAGCACUGUGAGAAAGCUUUCGGCACACGUACUUAUUGUGUAAUCCAUGAAAAACUUCACACUGAGCAGAAAUUGCAUAUAUGUAAGAAAUGUGGGAAAGCUUUUAGAAGCAACAUUCAUUGUCAAAUACAUGGAAAUGUUCACACUGGAGAGAAACCAUAUGUAUGUAAGCAAUGUGGGAAAGGUUUUAACACACAGGGAAAUUGUAAGAAGCAUGAAAGAAUUCACACUGGAGAGAAACCUUAUGUAUGUAAGCAAUGUGGGAAAGCUUUUAUGACACAAGGACAUUGUAAGGAACAUGAGAGAAUUCACACUGGUGAGAAACCCUAUGUAUGUAAGCAAUGUGGGAAAGCUUUUACCAAACACGGACAUUGUAAGGAACAUGAAAGAAUUCACACUGGAGAGAAACACUAUGUAUGUCAGCAAUGUGGGAAAGCUUUCAACACAAGGGGAGGUUGUAAGAAACAUGAAAGAAUUCACACUGGAGAGAAACCAUAUGUAUGUAAGCAAUGUGGGAAAGAUUUUUACACACGUGCACAUUGUAAGAGACAUGAAAGAAUUCACACUGGAGAGAAACCCUAUGUAUGUAAGCAGUGUGGAAAAGGUUUCACCAUAUCUGGACAUUGUAAGCAACAUGAAAGAAUUCACAGUGCAGCGAAACCAUAUGUAUGUAAGCAAUGUGGGAAAGCUUUUAACACACAGACAGAUUGCAAGAAACAUGAAAGAAUUCACACUGGAGACAAAUCUUAUGUAUGUAAGCAAUGUGGGAAAGCUUUUAACACACAUAGAUAUUGUAAGGAACAUGAAAGAAUUCACACUGGAGAGAGACCUUAUGUAUGUAAGCAAUGUGGGAAACCUUUUAACACAAGGGGAGGUUGUAAGAAACAUGAAAGAAUUCACACUGGAGAGAAACCAUUUGUAUGUAAGGAAUGUGGGAAAGCUUUUAACACACGUGCACAUUGUAGGAUUCAUGAAAGAAUUCACACUGGAGAGAAACCCUUUGUAUGUAAGCAGUGUGGAAAAGGUUUUACCAAUUCUGGAAAUUGUAAGAAACAUGAAAGAAUUCACACUGGAGAGAAACCCUAUGUAUGUAAGCAAUGUGGAAAAGGUUUUACAACUUCUGGAAAUUGUAAGAAACAUGAAAGAAUUCACACUGGAGAGAAAACAUAUGUAUAAGCAAUGUGGGAAAGUUUUUACCCUACAUGGACAUUGUAAGCAAGAAGAAAGUUCACAUUCAAGAUAAAACCAGUGUAUAUAAGCAUCAUGAGAAUGAUUUGAGCACACAUAUAUAUUGCAUAAUGCAUGAAAAUCUUCAAACUUGGCAGCAAAAUUAUAUAUGUAAGUAAUUUGGUAAAGGUUUCAGCAGAAAUGCUCAUUGUCCAAUACAUGAAAAAAUUUACACUGUUGAGAAAGCCUGUGUAUGUGAAGAAUGUGGGAAAGCUUUCACCACACAUGGAUACUGUAAAAUACAUCAAUGACUUCACACUGGUGAGAAACCCAAUGUAUAUAACAAUGUGGCAAAGCUUUUACUGCAUACAGUCAUUGCAAAACACAUGAAAGAAUUCACACUGGGAAGAACCACUGGCUGUGUAAGCAAAUGGAGACACUCUCAGCAGCCAGAUUGUAAGUGAAAUUCAUGAAAAAACUCACACUAGAGAUAAAUCCUAUGCGUUAUGGGAAUACUCUCAGCACACAUGAUCAUUGUUACAUAUCUGAAAGAACUCACUGGGUAGAGAUCCUAUGUGGAUUAACAAUGUGAGAAAUAUGGCAAUCCAUGUUUGUUGUUAAAUACAUAGAAAAAGUAUCACUCCUCAGACAGUUUAGAUCUAAGUUUACUUUAAAAAUCCCAAGGAGACCUGAAGAAAUAACCAAUACAGAAGUUUGAUGUGAA